UGUUCAAGAAGCUAGAAGCGUCCCGCCUCUUCAGGGAAGGCAGGUUUAGCAAAUUGCGAGUGCCUUGGGACGUCUUGCCAAUAGAUAAUUCCGACUGAACUUCCAGACGAAACCGAUCCAGCUGAUUGCUCGUUUCUGCAAAACGACUUUCAACACUCCCUCAGACAAAGUCAAUCGAACGAGCUCUAGACGCCAUGCUGCGACAAAUCAAACCCCGAACGGCGCGAAGCAAACGAGCUUUGGACAAGAAGGCGCCCAAAGAGAAUGAGAACCCCAAGACGGCCCUGUUUCUGCGAGGGACUACCUGCUCGCAAGUUGUUCAGGAUGCUUUGACCGACCUGCACUCGCUUCGCCAGCCCCUCGGCAAGAAGUUCACGAAGAAGAAUCAAAUACACCCCUUUGAAGAUGCCUCAUCCCUCGAAUUCUUCUCAGAGAAGAAUGAUACAUCCCUUAUUCUAUUCGGCAGCUCGUCGAAAAAGCGACCCCACACGGUGACUAUAUCCAGGACCUUCUCUCACAAGACUCUAGACAUGCUUGAGUUACAUCUGGACCCUGAAAAUUUCAGACGAAUUUCGCAGUUCAAAGGUCGCAAGGUCGUUGUUGGUCUGAGACCUAUGAUGGUGUUUUCAGGCACGGCAUUCGACAGCCCUGUGGAAAACGAAUACACCAGAGCAAAAUCUAUGUUCAUCGACUUCUUCAAGGGCGAGGUUUCGGAUAAGAUCGAUGUAGAGGGGUUAUCCUACAUCGUGGCCAUCUCGGCAGAUGAACCUACAGGUAACGAAGUCAAGCCUGCCAUACAUCUGAGGGUGUACACCAUCUCUACGAAGCGCUCUGGUCAACGGCUGCCUAGGGUGGAAAUCGAGGAGUGUGGGCCACGUAUGGACUUCCGUGUUGGCAGAAUGCAAGAACCUGACGAAGCUAUGUGGAAGGAGGCCCUCAAGAAGCCCAAGUCUGGCCUGGAGAAGACGAAGAAGAAUGUGACGACAGACACCAUUGGUGACAAGCUUGGAAGGAUUCACUUGGGCAGGCAAGACCUGAGUGAAUUGCAAACAAGAAAGAUGAAGGGACUGAAGAGAAAUCGGGAUGUUCUGGAUGCGGACGUGGACUCGGCUACCGAAGAUACACCCAAGAAGAGCAAGGCAUGAUUUCGUUACGCUGUCAAGGCUUCCUGGUCUGUACUGCAAAGCAUCUCGAUCCGGAGUUGGGAGUUGGUAAAAGGCAUUAUCUAGGGAGAUAUCAAGUCUAUCCAUGUUCUCAUGUUGUCAGAUGUCCAUUUUCAGUUUCAGUAACUUAUGGGAUACAAUUGUGCCGA